AUAAAGGAGCAGUGUUUGUGUACCAUUUGGAACUUCUCUGUUGACGAAAAUUUGAGAUACAAGCUUUUGGGGAGUGAUAUGCUAAUACCAAUAGUUAGGUUCCUAGAUGACGAAGACAUAAAAGUGAAAGAAGUUGCUGCUAGUAUCACAUCAUAUUUAACUUUAAGUCAUUCUUAUCAUGGAGCUCUGGUCGAAGCUGGUGUAAUUCCAAAACUGGUUCAUCUUCUGCAAACCAAAGACGAUGAUUAUAAAAGUAUCAGAAAGGAAGCUAGAAGGUCGCUCGUGGAACUAUCCAUGGAUGAUAGUUACCAUGCCCUUAUAGUGGGUCAGGGUCUAGUCCGGAUUCCUCUGGUUGGCUCAUCCGCUUAUAAAGCCUUCAGACCUCAACCUCAUUCAUGGCCCUCUUUUCCUGAUGGCUCGGAAAUUCAACGGAGUUCUCGGCCUUCAAAAUAUGGUGCAACUGAAUUGCUUCUUGGCCUGAUUCUAAAUGAGAAGAAAGCAGAGCCAGAUGAAGCUAAAAUUAAUGCUAUGAUAGGGCGUUCUAAUCAGCAAUUUCUUGCACGCGUUGGAGCUAUUGAGUUUGAUUAUGAAGGGAAAGAACAAUCUGGAUCUCAAAGGAAUGAUCACCACACCAUCUUACCUUGGAUAGAUGGUGUUGCACGGCUAGUUUUAAUAAUUGGUCUCCAAGAUGUCUCUGCAAUUGCAAAGGCUGCUCAUGCAAUCGGUGAUGCAUCAGUAAAUGAACACAUGCGCACUUCAUUCAUGGAAGCUGGGGCUGUGAAAUCUUUACUUCAGUUGCUGAUGCAUAAUGAUGUACCUGUCAGAGAAGCGAGUGCUUAUGCAUUGGAAAAACUAAGUGUCAG